UGUAAUAAAACAUAAAAACCUUCUGAGCUUUAAAACCCACAACAACACAACAGUUUUUCUUUACCUUCUCCGUUUCAAAAAAAUCAGUUCUAAAUUUCAAAAAUAAUUAAUUAUCAGUAACAGUACUUCACUUCAAUGGAGGAUUCGAACAGCAACACUACAAACAACGUCGCCAGAGCAAUCGUCGCGGCUCUCGACUGGAGUUCCACUUCUGAUUCUCGUCGAGCCGCAGUUUCUUUUCUUGAAUCUAUAAAAAUGGGGGAUGUACGCGUUUUGGCAAAUACAUCAUUCAAUCUUGUAAAAAAAGACUGGUCAUCUGAAAUUCGAUUGCAUGCUUUCAAAAUGCUGCAGCAUUUGGUUAGGUUGCGAUGGGAGGAAUUAAGCCCAAUAGAACGCAGGAAUUUCGCAAAUGUUGCUGUAGAUUUGAUGUCCGAGAUUGCAAAUUCUUGUGAAGAAUGGCAUCUAAAAAGUCAGACAGCUGCCCUUGUCGCUGAGAUUGUCAGAAGAGAAGGCAUUGAACUUUGGCAAGAGCUUCUUCCAUCCCUUGUUUCCCUCUCCGGUCAGGGUCCUGUUCAAGCUGAAUUGGUUUCAAUGAUGCUGAGAUGGCUUCCUGAAGAUAUUACUGUUCACAAUGAAGAUUUAGAAGGUGAUCGGCGGAGGCUUUUGUUAAGGGGGCUUACUCAAUCUUUAUCUGAAAUUUUACCUUUACUCUUCACUUUACUGGAAAGACACUUUGGAGCUGCAUUACGGGAAGUUGGAAAUCAACAACUGGAUGCUGCAAAACAACAUGCUGCCACAGUAACAGCUACUUUGAAUGCCAUAAAUGCAUAUGCAGAGUGGGCUCCUUUGCCUGAUCUAGCCAAAUAUGGGAUAAUUCACGGGUGUGGUUUUUUGCUUUCCUCGGCUGACUUUCGUCUUCAUGCUUGUGAGUUUUUCAGACUCGUCUCCCCAAGGAAGAGACCCAUCGAUGCCUCUGCUGCUGAAUUUGAUUCUGCAAUGUGUAAUAUCUUUCAGAUUUUAGUGAAUUUAUCCAUAGACUUCUUACACAAAUCCGGGUCAAGUCCUGGGGUCACAGACGAGAGUGAAUUUGAGUUUGCCGAGUAUUUAUGUGAGAGUAUGGUGUCUUUGGGUUCUUCCAAUUUGCAGUGCAUAAUUAAUGAAAGUACUAUGCUCUCUCUUUAUUUACAGCAGAUGCUGGGGUUUUUUCAACAUUAUAAACUAGCUCUUCAUUUUCAAUCUUUGCCCUUUUGGUUGGGGCUAAUGAGAGAAUUAAUAUCAAAGCCAAAAAUAACUGCACAUGCCUCCGGAGAUGUUUCUAAUGCUAACGUGGGCCUUGCUUGUGGACAAGCUGAUAAUGUGAAAACAAAAAUUUUAAGUCUAAUGAGUGAUGACAUUUGCAGUGCAAUUCUCGAUAUCACUUUCCAGCGCAUGCUCAAAAGAGAAAAAGUAUCUCCUGGAACGUCUCUUUCCCUUGGGACUCUAGAGUUAUGGAGUGAUGAUUUUGAAGGAAAGGGAGAUUUUAGCCAGUAUCGUACCAAGCUGUCUGAGCUGAUAAAGUUCAUUGCCGCCUUUAAGCCGUUAGUUGCUGGUGCUAAAAUUUCUGAGAGGAUUUAUUCAAUCAUUAGAAGUCUCUUGACUUUGCCAGCGCCUGUCCAGGAAUUAGCUAUAAUGGAAAGCACACAAGUGGCUCUGGAAAACGUAGCAAGUGCAAUUUUUGAUGGAUCGAGUGAAUUUGCCGGGGGGAGUUCAGAAGUUCACUUCUCAUUGUGUAGAAUAUUUGAAGGUUUACUUCAACAGCUUCUUUCUUUGAAAUGGACGGACCCAGCUCUUGUGGAAGUUCUUGGGCACUAUUUAGACGCAUUAGGCCCCUUUCUGAAAUAUUUUCCUGAUGCUGUGGGCAGCAUUAUCAAUAAACUAUUUGAGCUUCUGACUUCACUUCCAGCUGCUGUUAAGGAUCCUUCAACAAAUAGUGCACGGCAUGCGAGACUGCAGAUUUGUAUGUCCUUCAUUCGAAUAGCCAAAGCUUCUGACAGAAGCAUUCUGCCUCACAUGAAGGGCAUAGCCAAUACUAUGGCACAUAUGCAAAGAGAGGGAUGUCUGAAUCGCGGUGAACAUAAUAUUCUAGGUGAAGCAUUCCUUGUUAUGGCUUCUGCUGCUGGGACUCAACAACAGCAAGAGGUUUUAGCAUGGUUACUUGAACCUCUGAGCCAGCAGUGGAUGCAGCUAGACUGGCAAAAUAAUUAUUUAUCUGAACCACAGGGUCUAGUUCGCUUAUGCUCUGAGACACAGUUUAUGUGGUCUAUUUUCCACACUGUGACCUUCUUUGAGAAGGCGCUUAAAAGAAGCGGAAACAGAAAAGGAAGUACGGCUUUGCAAAGCUGCUCAACAACUACUGUCUUGCAUCCAGUGGCUUCACAUCUAUCGUGGAUGCUUCCUCCUCUUUUAAAACUGCUUCGUGUCAUACAUUCACUUUGGUCUCCAUCCGUAUAUCAAUCAUUACCUAGCGAAUUGAAAGCUGCCAUGGCUAUGAGUGAUGUUGAACGAUUUGCUCUCCUUGGAGAAGGAAACCCCAAACUGCCAAAGGGUUCUUUAACUUUCACUGAUGGAUCUCAGGUUGACAUGAGUAAGGAAGGUUAUGCAGAAAUCAAUGAAUCUGAUACACGAAAUUGGUUAAAAGGAAUCAGAGACAGUGGGUACAAUGUUUUGGGCCUGUCAAUGACCAUCGGGGAUCCAUUUUAUAAAUGCUUGGAUAUUCAUUCUGUUAGUGUGGCAUUGGUUGAGAAUAUACACUCGAUGCAGUUCAGGCAUAUAAGGCAGCUAAUUCACUCGGUUUUGAUGUUUUUGGUCAAAUCUUGUCCUUCAGAAAUGUGGGAAGUUUGGCUGGAAAAACUCAUGUAUCCAUUACUUCUCCACACACAGCAGGUUCUUAGCUUUUCUUGGUCGAGUCUUUUGCAUGAAGGUAAAGCGAAAGUGCCCGAUGUCCUUGGCAUGCUUGCCGGCUCAGACCUUAAAGUUGAAGUAAUGGAGGAAAAACUGCUUCGAGAUCUAACUCGCGAAACAUGCUCACUUCUUUCUGCUAUAGCUUCACCGGUAGUAAAUACCGGAAUUCCUUCUUUUGAGCAGUCUGGGCAUGUAAACCGCAUUGAUAUUUCUUCUCUAAAAGAUCUGGAUGUAUUUGCAUCAAACUCUAUGGUUGGUUUUCUUUUGAAGCAUAGAGGUCUAGCCCUUCCUGCAUUGCAGAUUUCCUUAGAAGCUUUUACAUGGACAGAUAGUGAAGCAAUGACUAAAGUUUCUGCUUUUUGUGCUACGGUUAUUCAUCUCGCUAUAUCAACAAACAAUGUUGAGCUCAGAGAAUUUGUUUCAAAAGAUUUAUUUUAUGCAAUCAUCAAAGGCUUGGAGCUCGAGUCAAAUGCAGUCAUCAGCGCUGAAUUGGUUAAUCUCUGUCGAGAAAUUUACAUUUAUCUUCGUGAUAGAGAUCCGGCACCAAGACAGGUGCUACUCUCGCUCCCUUGUUUAAUGCCCCAUGAUCUGGCUGCUUUCGAGGAAGCUUUGGUAAAGACAUCUAGUCCCAAGGAACAAAAGCAGCACCUAAAGAGUUUGCUUAUGUUAGGUUCUGGAAACAAGUUGAAGGCACUUGCUGCUCAGAAAAGUGUAAAUGUUAUCACUAAUGUCACAACGAGACACCGAAGCUCAGUUGGUGCUUCGGAAAGCAGAAUUGAUGAGGGUGAGUCUUUGGGAUUGGCAGCCAUUUUGUGAAGGAAUCAUGUUAGCGUUUGCAGAUAUGAUGUACAGAUACAAAAGUUCAACAGAAAGAAAAAAAGAGAUCUAAUAUUUAACAUUAUAGAGGUGAGACAAAUAUGAAUUACUAGACCAAAUUUCCAAGUUUGAAGGGUAGCUGAGAAAAGCAGGUGGAAAAUUUUACUCCAUUUAUAUAUUAUGGCUUGUGAAUUGUUAAUAGCCAACCAAAAUAUCCCUAUAAUCUGCAGUCUCGUCUCAGUUCUUGGGCAAAGCCUUUUCUUUGUGGUGUAUAUUGUUAGCCAUGCUCCCAUGGGAUUCUCUGCCACCAGGCGUUAGUGGCCGCGGCGGCUGCUGUGGUUUUUGCGAUGUUUUAGCUGCUUGUAUGGGAUUCUUGUGCUGUUGCUGGUUACUUGAAGACUGCUUUAGUGGUCCAAUCCGAGCGCCUGGUUCGAUCGGCCAAAUUGUCCCUUCUGGCUCGAUCGGCCCACCUGGUCAAGUCGGUCCACCCGCUUCAUGAUCUGCUGAAUUAUUAAGUAGAACUUCUACUAGAUGUAAUUUUCUAUAGUUGCAAUAAACUUUUAUAUUAGGAUCUGAUCAACUCUUUAAGUAUGUUGUCACUUUUUUCUUCUUCUUCUUCUGAUUAGGGUAAGAGACUGGGUACUGCUUGACUGCGUGCUAAAAUAGACUUGAGUUUACGAGUA